AUGAUUUGUAUGAUUGAGGAAAAUGUAAAAAUUGAAACUAUUGGAAUGUUAAAAAAAAAUGUCCAAAAUAGUAAUAAUGGUCUUAUGCUUCCUUUUGCAAAUUUGGUGUUUGUCGCUAACAAGAUCUCUGCACAACUUGAAAAAGAAAUGAUAGAAAGUAAAAAAUCUUAUUCAUAUUAUAAUACUCCAACUACUAAUCAUUAUGAUGAGGAGGAUAAAAAAGAUUUAUCAUCAAUAGAUGGUGAUUUACCUAUAGAUGAAAAAAAAUUAACUAUAAGUUCUAUCAAGUCAAUUCUUUUUAAUUACCCAACAUCUGGAGUAGAAAAAAAAAUUAAAAAAAAUAAAAAAAAAAGAUGGGUUGUAACUGUAUGCCAAAGUUUUAUUAUAAUUUUAUUAUUAAUUUUUCUUCUAAAAUCACAUUUACCUCAAUUUUUUGGUUCAUCAGAUGAGACAGAUUAUGAAAAAAAUUUAAUACUAGAUGAGGAGGAAGCAAGGCAAUUCAUCCGAAAUAACGGUGGACAAAUUGAAGAAAAAAAUUUUGACAAAAAAUUUUAUAGUUUUCCAAGGCAAUUAAAAUGUUAUAGUUGUAUGUCAUUAAACUACCAAGAAUCGUGGGAUUACCUUCAAGCAACAUAUGAGAAACCACAUGUAUUUACAAAUAGAUGUAAUGACCAACAUUUGAUGCAAAGUAUGGGAUUAGUUUCAUGUAAUACAUUUUGUGUUACUUUAGCUGAACCAAAUGUUGAAGCUGGAGUUUUUAUUGGUUUCAAAUAUAUAAGAGGAUGUGCAGAUAAAAUAGUAAAGAAUGGUUUUAAUCAAACAGCUCUUCGAACACAUAGAUUCAUCUCAACACCAACCUGUAGAAUGCUUCCGAGAGCAUUAAUUUUUAAUCAACCAAAAGGAAUGGAUGUUCCUGUUUAUGGUGAUGUUCGUCUCUGUACAUGUUUCACGGAUCGUUGUAAUGCUGCAUCUAAUAGUGCUUCUAUCUUUAAAAAGUUGCCUUUAUCUUUUAAAGUUUGGUUUAUAUUUCUAUUAUUAAUUUCAUUUACCGUCAUCAAUUGUUAUUUUGUUUUAUGA